AUUUCACCGCCCACAUUUAUGCCCUCAUCGACGACCUGUAAACAUCUUCUGCCGGGAAAGCUGGAAAAAACUGUAUGGGCUUUCUGAAGAAGCAAAACUGAGUAAAAGUGAAGCAUAUAGUCACUCAAGAGGAUGUUAUCAAUUCCUCAGCAUCCCGCGUCUGCAGCGACCAUCUUCCUGGACCAACCACCAAGCUGUCUUCAAUUUUGCCCUGCAGCACCAAACAACUUUAUCAUAGGCACCUAUCUGCUAUCCGAGAACAAAGACAGCGAUGGAAACGUGCAGCAGACGAAGACUGGAGGCCUCCAGUUAUGGAACCUCAAUCCGCUGAACAAUGAACUCUCUCUCAUUCAGAGACUAGCACUGCCAUAUGCCGUAUUUGAUCUUCAUUUCCAUCCGAGAGAUCCUAGCAUCCUCGCCAUCGCCACAAGCGCCGCAUCCGUGGCCCUUUUCAAAGUCUCAACCGACCCCGAACCCACCAUCAGCCGUCUAUGGACCUUACCCGUCCACCAGAAUCCGUCAAUCCCAGCUUUGUUCCUAGCCUGGGCCCCUCGGAACUGGUUUCCACGGCCCGAGCAAGACGGGUUCGCCGUCACCUUCUCCGACGGCCGGACGAGCGUCUACGGCACCGUCUCCGCCGACAAGGACAAGGCAGAGGCAGCGCUAACAGAGCAAUCCAACAUUAUCGAACAGGGGACAUUCGAAGCCACCCAGCCCAUCGAAGUAUGGUUCGUGGCUUUGGCAGCACUUUGUGAUCCCUCAUCACCCGAGGAACGCAGUAUUCCCCACCUCUUCACAGGGAACGACUUCGGCUCGCUGCAUACACGCCAAUUCAGCGCUCAAGCAGCAGAAGGCGAAGAGCCUUUGGCUCCCCUCGUCCUCGACUAUGACGAUCGUGCACGUCACCAUACGGCCGGAGUAACGAGUAUCCUCCCUCUGCCCCUUCCGCUCCGUGAAGGCGCACCCUUGCUUCUUACCGGUAGCUAUGAUGAGUAUCUGCGUGUCUACCAUGCCGGGCGUAGGGGCCAGGUGCUCGCUGAAGAAUGCCUUGGGGGUGGUGUCUGGCGACUGCAGCUGUUGAAGACGGAGAAAACGCCUGCCGCGGAAAGGGAGGGCGAAGGGUGGAGGUUUCUGAUCUUAGCUAGCUGUAUGCAUGCUGGAACAAGGGUGGUAGCGGUGACGUGGAAGCCGCAGAGGGCAGAAGACUCGGAGUCCGAGUGGAGUAUCAAUGUCCUGGCCCAGUUUACGGAGCAUGAGAGCAUGAAUUAUGCGUCUGAUGUGUGGAAACCGGAGGGAGGAUACGACUUGGAAGGCAAGGAUAUAUCGGAGCUGGUUUGUGUUUCCAGCAGUUUCUACGACCGAAGAGUCUGUAUAUGGAGAGUAGAUCUACAGACGGAACAACCUCCAAUUCAGUCAGAGGGGUAA